AUGGCUCAAGAUCACCACGGCUCGAUCCACAAGCGGAAACCAUCGCGCAGGCCCAUCCCUGUCGCCUUUCGCCGCAAGCCGUAUUUGGACGCGUUACGACCGCCGCCGCCCGUCUCGCUCGACGAGUUCUUCCCUGCGUCCACAACGACGGAAGAAGAGAUAGAGGAGGAAGACGAAGAAGAAGGAGCCUCUUCACGCUUCUCUACGCCCUCACCGACGCCAUCCGAGGCGGAUCUCGUCCUCAAAGACCGCUUCUCGUCGCUUCGGUUUCCCCCCACCUCACCGUCAAAGCCCCCGCUACUGGACAGAGCGUCAAGCAAGUUUGGCGCAAGAAGGCAGCACCUGUUUGAUCGUUUUAAGAGGCCAAAGCUUCCUCCUUCAUUUCAAGCCACCCCCGGGAUACCGACAUCGACGUCGGAUCAGUCCAAUCUCUGCUCCAGGCUGGAAAGGGCACUUAUGCUCGAGCAGCAGUCGCAUCCACAGCGGUACCCAAGCAGGAGCAUGGACCUGCCACGCUCUACGGCCGCCUCGUCUUCGGGCGCUUCCUCUUCUGCAUCGUCGGCUUCCUAUCGGCUGGCGCCUCUUCCACCGCGCCACUACAGUCGUCCACUGGCCGGAGAAGGAGGACUAGGGCGCCAGCCCAGGACCUUGAGCCGGCCUCGCCAAGAGGACCCCCGACGGCAUUAUGAGACUGGCGAUGAAGUGAGCGCGCUUGCACCCCAGUCGGGCCAGCCGUAUUCGGCGGCGGCUGCGAUAGCGCCCUGGACGAGUCCCACGAAGAACAGAUCGCCACAGCAGUCGCACAAGGGCCGGUCCAACUCGGAGCAGAUUUCGCCGAGCAAGGAGGUUCGCGCAAAGAUGGCGUCCCACGCACCGGGCCGUCACGGUGGUUCUGCCUCUGCCUCGUCCUCAUCGGCACACCCCCUGUCGAUGCGCUCUGACUUGCAGAUGGCGCGCUUCGCUGCCGCACGCCUCCCUGCUGCUUUCACGUUGAGCAGCCGGGGCAAACGCAUCGAGAAAAAGAGAGAGACAGGGACAGGAAAGACGUCGUUGGAUGACGAUACAUUCAAGUCGCACCUCCACGACGUCGAGACGAGCUUCGACGACCUCGAGUUGACGUCACUGUCUGGCCGCACAUCCUCCGACAGCCUUGUGCUCGACUGUUUCGCUCCCGUCGACAUGCUUGACCACGGCCUUGGUGCAGGCUUUCCUGCGCCCCCCUCAACGAGACCGUUGCAGGUGGCCCCAAAGAGACAGGCGCUUCGGGAGGUCCGGUCGACGGGCAACCUCCGCAGCGCACACCAAGCGCUGCGAGGGCGACGGCAAAGCCAGCACGACGAAAACGACGAUCUGUUUGGAGGACGGAGGGCAGCAGGUGCCGAGGACGGCAAGGCGGCCAUGGUGCUUCCGACACGGUCGCCCUUGCGAGAGCGUCGAGCGAAACCGCCGUUGAGCCUUCGGCCCACGCACGGCAAUGUCCUCUUGCCCAUAUCGACAGGGCGCAAGCAAGGGCUCAAGUCUCCUGGAGGCGUUCACUCGCCUCCGCCUUGCCCGCCGCCAACGACGCCGCUGCCGGACCUUCCUCCUACACCGGCGCCAGAGUCGGCGUCAACAUUAUCGAAGUGGCCUCCUCGCAAGACGUCUGUAUCCUCGGUCCAUCUGCCAGAGCGGUUACGGUCGGCCUCUAUCAGCAAGUCAAGAGAGGCGCCUCAGUACCAGCCCCUAAUCUUCCGACACGAUGAGACCACGGCCCCCUCCACAGACGACGAUGAUGACGAUGGCGACGACGAUGACAACGACGACGACGUUGAGGUCGAUGGCGAAGACAUCGCAUACGGAGGUGAAGAAUUCGAGGAGGCAUAUGGAAGCAGCAGUGGCGGCUGUGACGGCCACCACACGAGCGCCGAGAGCAGCUUCUCAUCGCCCACGUCGGUCUCCUCCCCCUUCACGCCCCUCGAUGGCGCUGCCUUGCACCGCCGUCGGGGCAGCAGCGGUAGCAAGCGUCGACAGGCGCAGAAGGCGUCGUCGAUUUCUAACCCCUUCAGCGCUAAUGCGAAUGGGUCGAUCGUCGCCGCUCUUUCCAAGGCUCUCGACUGGGACGCAGCUCCCCUCGGGACCAAAAAUUCCUUCCACAGCACCGUGAACAGCACCGGUAACGCCUUGGGCCUCGACGGCGUGCCUCCUCCUCCCGUCUACUACAGAGGAGAAGAGGAAGAAGGCCAGAUCGUGUAUGGCUUUGCCAUGUGA